AUGAAGCAUAUCAAUGCUGUUGCAUGCAUCAUCUCCCAGCGCGAGGGCGGACCGAGGCGCGGACUGCUAUAUCACCACCUCGGCAAGACCUUCCACAGCCAUCGCAUAUUCGUUGAUGCCUUUGCGGCUCAUAAGCUGGGCAUUCUGCGCGAGUCGACCAGUGAAGAUGAACUUAAGCUUCUGGAGGAGUUCAUGGAUUCAUAUCUCAACUUGCAGUCCGAUCCAGAGAGUUUCAGAGCAGCAUGUACUGUUGAUGAUCUGGCCGGCAUCGCUCGUUUCUACUCAUCGACAGUAACAUCUGCUCUCCUAUGGCUUUGGCGUCAAUGUGGUCGUCAGGACAUGGAAGCGGAAGACUGUAGCGGAUUCAGCGCUACAGGGAGAAUCUGUAUGAUCCGUGGGCUCUACCAUUUCGAGACAUGGUGUAGCUACCACGGCCUUGGGAGUAUCACCGCUCGUCUGCUACUGACGACGACGAAUGCCGACAUGCUACGCUUUCUGAACAAGUACCUAUAA